AUGGAGAAGAGCGGAGAAGAGACUCGCGAUCUACUUCACGCCGAAAUGGAAAAAAACAGAAUCCAGGCGGUCGAGAUCGAACGCCUUAAGCAGAAGUCUGAGGAGGACCAUGCAGCGUUUCAGGCCGCUCUGAAGCAAAAGGACUGCACGAUCCUGGAGACGGAGAGGCAACAACAGUCUCUACAGCAGGCAGUGGGGUCGCUCCAAACACAGUACACCGAACUGAUCGAUUCCUUUCUAAGUUACAGGUCGGUAUCAGAACAGAAGGAGUCUCUGAUGGAGGAGACUUUUAUAGCGAGAGAAGCGUCUUUGCGUUGCGUGUUGCGGCGGCUUCAAAGGGAAAACGGCGAUUUGAAAGAAGUAAUUGCAAAAAAUCAACGCAAAGACAUGACUGAAGAGACUGAAGGCAAAGGGGCGAUAAAAAACUUAACAGGACUGGUCCAAUCUGAGGAGAGUAACCAGAAGGAACAAAGCCCACAGACUCUCCAGAAACCAGAAGGAACAAAGCACGCAGACUCUCCAGAUUAUGACUGUGUGUGGACUGAGAUUGCAAAAGCUACCAAUGCCCUCCAAGAUCUAAAAGAAAGCAGGGAACAUAAUAAGCAGAGUACAUCCAGAUCCAUACCGGGAAAGAUUGAGGUGUUUGAGAAGAUGGUGCCAAGCAAGGCCAACGCAGAGCUAGAGAAAUCUCAACUGAAGAGUGAAGACGAUGAGCAGACUGAGCUAUCUGCAAGAUCCAAGUCCAACGUCGAGUCAAAUGAGGAAACCGACGUGCAAACAUCUCAACAGCUCGACCCCGUCAAAAGAAAUCAGAAGUUGGAAGAGCGAAGUAACUGGAAAACAAUAACAGCUAUGGAAGACCGUUUACUUGAGGAGAUCAGCUUGAGAGAAAUCUUGGGGGGCCGAGAAAUAUCAGUGAGUAAGGAGUUGGAAUCGCUCCGAUCUGAGAACCCUUACCCUGCGCUGCUGCGGCUGAUUGCGUCGCCUGUGAUGUCACAAGAGCCCGUCUGA